UGUGAAGGCCCCUCACGCACAACGGCGAACAGAGCUCGGGUGAGAAACACACCCACGCCGCCUCGUCAUUGGCUCCUCUGAAGGGCAAGGCACCGUGCUGACGGGGACAUUGCUGCAAUUGCAUUGCUGUCGGGGCGGCUGGAGGUCGGCCAGAACAUCGUCAUCUACCCACACGCAGUGCAGACGCGCACGAGGACCAUUCAAGUGCCAAGAUGGGGCAAGGAGGUGUCUUCUGAUGGGUGAGUGAUUGUGUUUUGUGUGUAUGUGUUCGGAGUUUCAAGUAGGACCUCGCUAGUGCGUCGCAGACCGUGUGUCCAUCUGUGCCCCGGCAAUCGGAGGCGAGGAGCUGACGGACGGUCGGUCGGUCACUGCCUAAGGUGCGAGACGGUGUGUUUCAUGGCCAAUCGGCGUGCAUAUGAGACAGACGUUCCAAGAAACAUUCACGGGCGAACAGAGAACGACAGAGGACCCAGACGAACAUGUAGAAGAGAACACAGACAACACCAUGACAAACAUGUACGAAAACACGCAAAGACACGCAACAGAAACCAUCGAUUGUCAACACGCCAAGACACCGAAGCAUCUGGACAUGCACAUCGUAUCAAAUCACACGCAAAAAGGUGAGAACAGUCCUGGCGAUCAAUAGAGAGACACAUACGGCACAGGCACGAAUGCAGACAGAGCAUGAGCAUUGUAAGACAACAGAACGACAAGCACGACACCUAAUGGUAAACCGAUACAUAUCCACAUGCACUGUACACAGAUACAUAAAAGGAAGGACAGUGAGGCCUACUGAAACGGGCAGACAUGUGUGUCGAACACAGCGAGGACUUGAUGGGCGGGCAGCCUCUCUAUCAGGGCCUCGACAUGUGAUCGUGACAGCUUCCCCACCUGCACACAAACGCCACACACACACACACACACACACACAUUCACCCACGCCUCCCACACAGCGACGCCUCUCUUUCUCUCUCUCUUUUCUCUGUGUGCAGAGUUCAGCGACGCCAUCGACGCAAACGACAAGGACGCCGUCCAGCUGUGGGCUGCUCUCGCCAAGGCCAAUGACCAGUCGGCUCUCGGCAAGCUCCUCAAGAGCGUGGCCCCCAACAAACUCGACAUCAAGAAGGCCAAGGAGAUCAAGAAGAAGCUGGACAAGAAGUGAUUCCACACACACACACACACACACACACAUAUCUCCUCCUCGGUCAUUUUGUGUUGACGCCCUGACCUGCCAUCGUUUUAGUCUGCGCCUCCCGGCCACACCACACCUGCUCUGCCUCUUCAUGCCUGCUCGUGCUGCGCUGUGCUGUGCUGUGCUGCUGCGUGCGUUCUCUGCCUGUGUUCUGCCUGUUCGUGUUCGUGCUACACCACACACACACACACAGACACACACAGCUGCAUGACCUG